UAUAAAAUUGUGACCUUGCCCACUUGAACAGGAUAACAUCCACAUCUUAUGGAUGUCAAAGGUUACUUUAGAUGGGUAUUUCGGAAUUUCCUUGCUUUCCACAUUUUUAAAUUGUGAGAUGAACUUGUAUUAAUUCGAGGUUCGGCAUGAGACUAUAUUGAAGGGUGUGAAGUGAUUCAUUACUGAAUUAUAUUGGAGUAUGUGAGCUAAUAUAAUAAUAUUAUAUUGUAUUGAAAUGUGUAAGCUGCACAGUUCCAUUGACUGAUUUUGUCCUCACGCAGACUUCAUGUUCCAAUGUGCCAUUGCUCCUUUCUAUUGCCACCAUUUCAUGUUUAUUAUUAAUUAUUCAGGACAACCAAACGCACUUCAAGAAAAGGAUCUGCACUAAGGUUGCUUAAGUACGUACUGUAUCCGGGGAUGCAGAUUCAUUCCAUACGGUUUGGAAUGAAUCUGCAAUUUUCGGAUGACAGUUAAUGUCAUUCUCAAUAAAGUUCAUAAAUACAUAAUUAGGUAUAUUCAGUUUGAUGGCCAUUUGCCCAGUCCAUGAGAACGAAAACAAAACUUCUGUAAAUGACUCUACGCCUUCUGUAGAACAAUCAUUUCUAUCACUUUGAGAGCAUUUGAAUCAGGUAUUCAAUUUGGUAAACGUUUUAAAAACUGUGUUUUCUUUUUAUACAGGGAAAGUUUUUAAAAUGCUGAGACAUUCAACAAACCGUCAAAUUCAACCCUAGAUUGAAGACUGAUUCGCCUUCAAUACUUCAGCUAAGCAAAUUAUAUAGUUAAUUUUUUUCACUUGUGUACGAUUUUGAAGUCCAUUAUUGACCUUCACACCAGGUUCCCCACUUGCCCCUUCCACAUUUUGUGUUUAACACAAAUGGUAGGUCCGUAUGUUUUCCCGCUUUUAUACAGCGUUUAUUUUGUGGGUUUUUGCUUACUUUCCUAGAAAUUCGAUCUUGAUGUUUUCAUAAACUUUUACUGUUUUGGUCCUGGUUUCUAUAACCAAUCUGUUAUAUGGGUGCUAUGGAAACAGCGCAGAGUACAUUGCUUAUAUGUUAUUAUAGUCUGGCUUCUUUGGCUAUGCCAACUAAAUGUUCAUUCGUCUAUCUUUGAUGAUGAGUGUGUUUUGAAUCUCUAAACCAGUGUUUUGCACCUAUGUUGUCUCCUCCGCUUUUUCUCUUCUUGCUUUUUUCCGAUCAGAAUCCAUUGGGGGGUUACACUUAUGUUGGUGAUAGCGUCUGUAUCUGCCUCUACUCCCACUACAGAAUUUUCAGAAGCCUUGAGCAGAAAAUUGCCUCCACAUCUCAAGACUAGAUACCGAGUUUCAUUUUGAUUUCCAUACUAGAACCUGUCUCAUUGCCUCAUACUCUUUCCUAGCUUAAACUAUCAGAGUUUAUUUUGGGAGAGUUUUUGCUUCUGACGUGGGAGUUUAAUUACUGAUAGAUAAUGGUCAUUUGUCAGUAACUUAGGGAACUAACUCUUCUGCUGGAGAACUGCUGGCAGUCAUUUUUAUCAGAUCAAUUCCUCCUGGUUACAAUAACAUAUCACUGCAACGUGUUUCAUUUAGUGCAGGUCUGGAAAGGACAUUUCAAAAGUGUUCCGCCGCUCCACACACUUGAAAACAUACAAAAUGUCAAAAGUCCAGUCUCCAUAGGCCAAUUUCUCCCAGGGCUAUUUCUGUAAUGGAUACCUGGUGACACUUAUUCCAAGUACUUCAGUGAGAGUGAUUGCAAUGGGAUUCGGAUGGAGUGGUCAAACUAGUUACUGUAUUGUUGGCUUUUGUGCUGUUCGAUACCUAGGAUUCUGGAAGAGUUCUUAGUUUCUGAUCUAUGUGGUAACAGAAGCCUUGGAAACCAUUGUAGUAUCAUACAGAAAUUAAACCAUUCCUCAAACUUUUACUUGCAAGAAGGCUUUGAAGGAUUUGUUGCAUUCCAUCGGUUAGGAUUGGACUCUAAACUAAGAAAAUGCAGACUUUAGUUUGUCAUUCAAGGCGCAAAUUCUAUAAGGUGGUGUCCAAUCUCCACUUAGUACUCGGAGUACUGGUAGUUCUCCUGAGCUUGUCAAGCUUAGUGAAGCUUUACUCGGCAGGUUUCAUUUUGAAUGAUGUCAACCUCUGCAAGCCCUUUUAUGCCAGUAAACAAGAUCUGAAAAAUUCUGCAUUAGAACUCUCUUCCAAGCUUGAGGAUAUCAAGCAACAAGUUGAGGAAAUACAGAGCAAAAUUGGGAAAGUAGUGGAGGAAAUGCGUGAGAAAGGAUCUGAAGGCCCAAAGGUGCUCGAGUCUGAGCGGUUGAAAUACAACACACUUUUGGUCGAAAUUCUUCCCCCUUUGGAUGCCAUUAAACUCUUUUUGGAACAACUAAGACUUCCUGGAGUAUAUCUAGAACCUGAAAAUGAAAAUGCUAAUGGCCAGAUUAUAGACUCAUUUAAACUAGCAGGAAAUACCAAGGAGAGACUCAAAGGAAUGGAGGAUUUCUUUCAUAUAGAAGAAAUUCGCAAGUAUAUAACAGUAAAGGAAAACAGAUUGGGAAAGAAGAAUUUUCUGGGAGCAAAUGCAACCUUUACAAGCAUAGGCCAUGCUUGCUUAUCUAUGAAGGAAGAUCUGGAAGAAUACAUGGGGUAUGACAUUGGAGAUUACUGUAAUGAUGACUGGAAUGUAGCUCAAAGACUAAUGGUUCAUGGAUGUGAUCCUUUACCUAGAAGAAGAUGUCUAGCCAGGGCUCCUAAAUAUUAUCAGAAGCCAUUUCCUAUCAAUGAAUCCCUCUGGAAGCUUCCUGAUGAUCGAAAUGUUCGAUGGAGUCAUUAUCAGUGCAAGAAUUUUACAUGCCUAGCAAACAAUAAGACUCGAAAAGGAUUUUACAAGUGUGCUGAAUGUUUUAAUCUCACACAGCAUGAAUUGCCCAAAUGGAUGGAGGCGCAAAACACUUCAAGCAAUCAAGAAUUUCUUAUUUCGGAUAUUUUGAAUAUCAAACCUGGGGAGAUAAGAAUAGGAUUAGAUUUCAGUGUUGGAAGUGGGACAUUUGCUGCUAGAAUGCGAGAGUUCAAUGUGACAAUUGUUUCUGCUACUAUGAAUCUUGGGGCUCCUUUCAAUGAGAUUAUUGCACUCAGAGGACUUGUUCCUCUUUACAUAACCAUCAAUCAGAGGUUACCUUUUUUUGAUAAUACAUUGGAUCUUAUACAUACUAGUCGAUUUCUGGAUAGUUGGAUAGAUUUACAGUUCCUGGAUUUUGUGAUCUUUGAUUGGGACAGAGUUUUGAGGCCUGGAGGAUUACUCUGGAUUGAUGGUUUUUUCUGUACCAAAAUGGAUUUAGAUGACUAUCUAUAUAUCUUUCUUCAGCUCAGAUACAAGAAGCACAAAUGGAUGGUGGUUCCGAAGAAGGAUAAGGAUGAUAAAGAAGUUUAUUUUUCUGCAGUUUUAGAGAAGCCUCCUCGGCCGUUCUAAUUCAAUUUCUCCUUUAUUCUGAACAUAGCUAUGAGUAGCAUGGUACUAUAUAAUGCUCGCUGCGAUUUCUGAAUUCCCUGUGGGGCCCUUAGCAAGUUUUGAGUUGAGAUGCGGAGCUCCUGAACAAGUAACUUUUCUUCGAGUCUACCUUGUUUAAAUUCAGUGUGUAUAGGAUAAUCCUGAACAAAUGAUUCAAAAUAUGCAGGUACUUGUAAUGGGUCAAUGCAGCCUGCGGACAUACUUAAGUUUUGUACACUGUUACAGAUUGAUAGAAGUCUAAAUAAGUAAGGCCAAGGCUAUCAUAAUCAGUUUGAUAGGCCAAACUAUGCUAUCUUAAGCAGUUAAAUAAAGAAAAUUUAUUUCGAGGGAAACAGUAACACAAUAGCAAUGCUUUUCUAAUUAUUUUGGUGGAUAGCAGUUAUAACUAUACUAUCAUUAAUCAAUUAGAUAAGCAAAAUUAUGCAAAGAAGAGAUUAAAGAAACAGUAACAUUGAUU